AUGGUUAUUGAUAAGAUAAAGAGGAUGUUUUCGAGUGUGAAUAGGAAAGAGGAGAUGUUUGGGGACAUUUAUGAUCAGGGUGAGGUUUUGAUUCACAAAUGUUUAAUGCUCAAGAUUAAGGAUGAAGUGUGUUUUGAGAGGAAAGGGAUAUCUAAGAAGUUCAAGAUUGAUGAGAUUGUAUCACUGGAGUAUAGAGAAGGGACUCUAUCUUUUAUCCAUGGCCAUAAGAAGUAUGUGUUUAUAGGAUCUGGAGACUUUUGUAGCUUUGAAAGAGAGAUAAAGCCCUUUACGAAAGAAGUUGAAGAGGCUUACAAGAAGACAGCAAAAUACUCUCGAUAUAACAUAAGUACGGGGCUGUUUGAAGAAGUAGCUGAUAAAGUGAAAGUAUGGAUAGUCAAGGAUAAGGUGUUUGUGAUAAGAAUAGAGACAGGAAAGGAAGUGAUACAUUUUGAAGAGAUCAAGACAGAAACGCAGUACUACAUGGAUCAGGUCAACAUGACGUUUGUAUGGUCUGUGCUUAAGGAUGGAGCAUUCCAUACCUUUUCUCUAAGGUUUAUGCAUAAUGUAGACUUUUUAGAGUUUCUCAGCAAAUAUGUUGGAUGUUUGUACAAGAACGUAAAUGAUGAUGAAAAAGGAGAUGCGGAUGCAGAGAAGUACUUUGAGCGAAUGGAGAUGGAGAACUAUAUACAUGAUGAGUCUGAAAACACAGAUGAUAAAGAAGACUAUGAGAGUUGCGAUGAUGACGAGCUUGAGAAUCAUUUUGGAGAAGCAGAUGAGAAGAACAAACAUCUUGUCAUAGGAGAUGAGAUGGCGUUUAUUACAAGAGGAAAGUCUGUAGGAGUGUUUAGAAACACAGAAGAGGGAUUGGAGUUUAAGGCGAACAUUAAGAAUGUGCUUGAUAAUGAGAUAGAGAAGAUGAUUACGCAUGGAAAGUGCAAGGAGCUGAUAUAUCUAGACAAGAACGAAAGAGAUAGGCUGCAUAUGCUAGAUGUGGAAAGGGGAGAAGUUGUUGAGACAUGGGAGAUGAAUAGGGAGGUGAAUGAUUACUUUGAUUCUGAAAAGCUUGUGGAUACAGGGACGCUUAUUGGAGUGUCUGAUUACUCUGUGUUUAGGAUUGACCCGAGAACAAAAGAAAAGGUGGUUGAGUCUAAGGAGUACAAAACGAAGAAUGAGUUUAAUUGUGGAAUGGCAACUGGCAAAGGACACGUGGUGGUUGCAUCUAGAAAGGGAGAUCUGAGACUAUAUGACAAGAUUGACAAGAGAGCGAAGUCACUUCUUCCUGGGUUUGGAGAUGAGAUUAAGCAUGUAGACGUUACGAGCAAUGGAAAGUAUAUUAUUUGUACUUGCAAGAACUAUCUAAUGCUGAGCAGUGUGCCUGGUGACUAUAAGACACCUGUUGGGAAAGAUAAGCCAGUGCCAAAGAGGCUACAGCUGAAGCCUGAGCAUUUGGCAUAUAUGAAUGAGGAGAUUGACUUUACACCGGCGAAGUUCAGCACAGAUGAGUCAGAGAGCAGUAUAAUCACAAGUACAGGAAGCUAUGUGAUAAAAUGGAAUCUAGAAGAUGUGCUGAACGGAAAACCAUACUCUUAUCAGCUUGCAAAGUGUAACGAUUUGAUAGUAGCGGACAACUUUGAGUUUGGUGAGAAUAAUAGUGUUAUUGUUACUAUGCCUGAUGAUGUAAAGAAAGUUAAUGUAAAGAGUUUGAAGAAGCCAAAUAGAUCGAUAUGGAGAUGA